AUGGAAGAUGAUCGGAAUAAGGCUGUAAUUCUACAGCUUUUGCUUGAGGAUUUAGAAAGCCUUGAAGACAGGCAGAAGGGAAAACAGGGAGCAGGACAAGAGACAGACAUCGAACUUGCCCUCAGGUGCAUGAGAGAGGAUGUCCAGGCCACCCAAACUUGCAUUGAAGAUCAGAUCCUGGCUCUUAGCACUAGCACUGCCAUCGCGACAGAUCAAAAGAUCCUGUCAUCAUUUCAACACGAGGAACGGGUUGCUAAUGAGGAUCGUCAACUUGCCCUCGCUCUGGACAGUGGGACUCGUCCGCCUAGAACAACCCCCUUUGCGGGACCCGGCAUGAAAUCACCAGACGAUGAUGACGAUACUGUUUCUCUGGUUAUGGAAGAUCUCAUGGACCGAAUGAUUCUGAACGAGAAGCCCCUCAAUGGCGAAGGCUCUUCGCGCGUACGCUCAUCCCGAACACACAACUUCAUGAGAGAAUGUGCCUCUUGUUUGGACAAGUUUGAUACUACCGUGUUCAACGGUCCAUGUGGCCACGGAUUCUGCUACGACUGUACGAGGCAGAUGUUCCUAGGUGCAAUCAAAGACGAGGAGCUGUACCCGCCGCGUUGUUGCGGAAACGUUGUCCCGCCUGGAACUGCAAUGAGAGUGUUGGACUACGAGGAGCUUCGGAAGUUCAGUGAGCGCGCCCUUGAAUGGACAGCUCAAGAUCGCCUUUACUGCGCCGACCCGAUGUGUUCGAAAUUCAUCCCCGCAUUUGCCAUUCAAGACCAGCACGGUACUUGCUCUGAAUGUCACCAGCAAACUCAUUUGCCAUGCCGUUCCCUCGCACAUCCGAAGAUCGAUUGCCCGAUGGACGAAAAUCUCGAUAUCGUGUUGGAAAUGGCGGACUCCAAACAUUGGAAACGUUGCUUUAACUGCCAGACGAUGGUCGAGCUUCGCUACGGCUGUAAUCACAUCACCUGUCGGUAG